AAGAUAAGCCAAUUGUCAAUUAGAGGGCCUAAACAGUGGCUACAGUCAUGCAAGAAAAUACACAGAACAGCCACUUUAUAUCAGAUCAGAAUGGUUCUGAUCGGUAUUGAACCAUCUAAAUUGGUACAGUUCAUUAUUGUAACAAUGAAAGUGAUACACAAGUCCUAUAAAAGUCUGAAAAUAGAUAAAGAAUUGUCUAUUAGCUCAAUACAUAACAACACCAUUCAGAUCAGAUACUAGAAUCCUUGUCAGAAAUCUGAAGACCUGAAAAUAAUACUAUGUUGCAGAAUGAGAAAAUGACUGAUUAUUCUGAUCUAAAUAUGAACUACUACACAUUAUAGAAUGAAAAGAAACCAGAUAAUUUUAGCUGCCUAGUAUGUCAGCUGAAUGUUAGUUUGAUUCACAUGACAUUAAUAUCAGACGCAUGCUCAUAAAACAUAAUGUACCUUGUGCAAAGGUGCUUUCGAACUAAUGUAUGCUGAAAGAGUAAAGCUUAUUGCACAUAUUGAUUGGUUCAUACUCCCAAAUUUGGGCUAAUUUUAAAUUGAAUACUUUCAAUAGUGGUUUGCUUAUUUCGAAAGCAAAAGAACAUAGAACUUUACAUAGGAUCUUUACAUGUACGUAUGUUUUUCUGCGGCCUCGUUGAGUACCUGCAAGUGAGAGAUCAAGUGUCCAAUUUGGACAAACCUUACCGAGACUGCAAGCUUAGAUCACAUUCAAAAGAGUGCAGGUUUCAGUCAUGAAUUUACCUUUGAAGAAACAUUUGACAGAAUUUGAAGCUACAAACUAUAUCAUGCUUGAAAAAGUACAUCUUUUCAGAUAAAUCAACCUUAAAGAAACAGAAUUCUAAUUUUAUCAUGCUGAUGUGACAUAAUGCCAACUUCUUUGCUAAGAAUUUCUUCUUCGAGUAAUCAGCACUUAAUCCAGAUUCUGCAGCAAUAUCUCAGCUUUACAGUUGAUUGAACCAAAUUUAUCUAAUACUUUUGGUGACUGGUAAGAAACUAGUUCAAAGGAGCGGCAUUAAAUAUGGAAAACCAGUAAUUAGUACAGAGUAUUAAUGUAAAAUAAUCCAAGUCAAAAAAAAUACACUGAAAGUCCGAACAAGCAACAUUCAUAGCUUCAACCAAAAGCAUUACCAGCCUCUAUAAAUCCUCGAGUAUUACAGAACAGGGUAAAGAUAGUCGUUUCCCUCUGAGUGCUCUACCCACAAAAGACUAUGUUGACAAUGCCUUCAGGCACUUCAAAAUUCCUGUCAGUCCUUCUGGUUCUGACAAUAUGUGCCUCCUAUGCAUCAGCAGAUUCAAUCCAACAGAGUUUUCUUCAAUGCUUUGAUAGGAACAGAAUAUCCAAUUCCCCACUUCCCCCAUCAUGUUAUACGCCGACAAAUUCUUCCUUCUCUAUUGUCCUCCAAUCCACUGCUAACAACCUAAGGUAUCUCGUGCCUUCUGUGAAAAAGCCUGAACUUAUUUUAAUGCCAACAGACGAAUCCCAUAUCCAAACUGCUGUUAUAUGUGCAAAAAAGCUAGGGGUUCAGCUAAGGAUUCGUAGUGGGGGGCAUGAUUAUGAAGGAGCUUCUUAUGCAUCCGAGAUGGAAGAACCCUUUGUUAUCCUUGACAUGGCCAAACUUCGAAUGGUAACAGUUCAGAUUGAAGAUACGAGUGCUUGGGUGCAGGUUGGUGCCACCAUUGGUGAGCUCUACUACAAGAUAUCAGUAGAGAGCAAGGUCCAUGGCUUUCCUGCUGGGUUGUGCUCUAGCUUGGGUGUGGGAGGGCACAUCACAGGGGGUGCUUAUGGUCCAAUGAUGAGAAAAUAUGGGCUCGGAGCUGACAAUGCCAUUGAUGUUCGGAUGGUAGAUGCCAAUGGUCAGAUUCUCGAUCGUAAUUCCAUGGGGGAGGAUUUGUUUUGGGCCAUCAGAGGAGGUGGUGGUGGGAACUUCGGGGUCAUCUUAGCAUGGAAGGUUCAGUUAGUCCCGGUACCAGAAAAGGUGACAGUUUUUACUGUUGCGAAAACCUUGGAGAUGGGUUUAACAAAAGUCUUAACCAAAUGGCAACAAGUUGCUGAUAAGACAGAUGAAAAUCUCUUCAUCAGAGUCAUAAUGCAAAACUCGAAAACCCCUAAGGGUGACAAAACUAUGUUAGGUUUGUUUCAGGCCUUGUUUCUUGGAUCAGCUGAUGAGCUACUCAAAGUUAUGCAACGUGAUUUUCCCGAAUUAGGGUUGCAAAAGAAAGACACUUCUGAAGUUAGUUGGAUAGAAUCAGUACUUUAUAUCGCUAACUACCCCUCUGGAACGAAGCCUGAAAUCUUCCUUGAAGGAAAGCCAACAUUCUUGAAUUACUUCAAGGCAAAGUCAGACUUUGUUAGGGAAGCUAUACCAGAAAGUGGACUUGAAGGUAUGUUUAAACAGUUAAUGGAAGACGAGGGUUCUCUAAUGAUCUGGAACCCUUACGGUGGGAUGAUGAGCAAGAUACCUGAGUCUCAGACCCCAUUUCCUCACAGAGCUGGGACCAAAUUCAUGAUCCAGUAUGUGGUAACUUGGCAAGAUGGGGAAAGUAGUAAAACUAGGCAUAUGGACAGUAUUAGGAAGCUGUAUAACUAUAUGACACCUUAUGUAUCUAUGUUUCCUAGGGAAGCGUAUGUGAAUUAUAGGGAUCUGGAUUUGGGUAUGAACAAAGAUGGGUAUGCUAGCUUUAUACAGGCAAGUGCAUGGGGUAGCAUGUACUAUAAAGAUAAUUUUAACAGGCUAGUGAAGAUCAAGACCAAGUUUGACCCUGAGAAUUUCUUCAGGCAUGAACAGAGCAUCCCACCUCUUCCGGUUAUGGAAAACAAAAAAGUUACUCAAUGGGAUACAACAUGCCAUACAUCCGAUGAUCAGGUGUAAGAGGCUUGUUUAGUUGUUUUAUCAGUAUGCUGUGAACUUGUGAAGCUUGUUUUGUAGUUUUUCCUUGUAAUAUUUUGUCAAACAAUGUUUUUUAAGAUGUAUUAUGUAAAAAAAGUUGAAUGGAAUUUUAUUAUAUUGUUGUUGAAA